AUGGUAGAAGCAGGUAACGCCGUACAUUGGCCGCCCUUGCUUUUACUCUGUGAGCUGUAUAAUCAGGCGCUCCUCCCGAUGGGGGACGACGAGUUCUUUGAGAACAAUGCCACAACUCGUAACCCACUCUCGCCCGACGAGCUCGUAUGUAUCCACUAA